AGUUCUCAUUCCCGUUCCCGGUUCCCGGUGCCGGUGUGGGCGGUGGCUCCCCGCCGGCCCCGCAGAGCCCGCAUGCCCGUGCCCGCCGGCCCCAUUGGCCCCCGCAGUCACAUGCCGGGCGGUGGCGGGGCCGCCCGCUCCGCCUUCCCUCGGUCCCUCCCGCCCAGCCGAGCCCAGCCGCCUCCCUCCGCCGGGCUGAGCGCAGGGAGCGGCCGCGAUCGCACCAUGAGCACCCUCAAGGUCUACAGCACCUCGGUGACCGGCUCCCGGGAGAUCAAAUCCCAACAGAGCGAAGUAACCAGAAUCCUCGAUGGGAAAAACAUCAAGUACGAGCUGGUGGAUAUCUCCCAGGACAACGCUCUCCGAGAGGAGAUGAGGGCAAAGGCAGGCAACCCCAAAGCCAUCCCACCCCAGAUCGUCAACGGAGACCAGUACUGUGGGGAUUACGAGCUCUUUGUGGAAGCAGUGGAGCAAAACACUCUGCAGGAGUUCCUGAAGCUGGCCUGAGCCCCGGCUCCUCUCCCUUCCUGGACUCUACCUGCAUUCCUGAGCACCCUCAUCUCCGACCACCUUCACUUCCAGGUUGUCAGCGCUGUCCUGGCACCGCGACCUGUAUUCCCGGCACUGGGAAACAAACCCAUGACCAAAACUCAUUGCAGCUGCCUCCGAUUCCCUCCUGCCUAACCCCGACAUCAUCUCAGAGGGAUCCAAAGAAAGUCUGACGCUCGCUGCGCAUGGCCUGUGAGCAGAGCCGGGCCUGGCUCACCGCAGCUUCCAGUGCCUCUGUAAACAGCAAAGCCUCUGGGGCGUGUGAAGUGCAGGGCGGCCAUCAGCCCCCUCCUCUGCCUCGGGAGGGAAGGGCUUAGGGCUGCAUGUUACUUCCCACUUCUCCUCAUUGCUGUUAAAAUUGUAAAUUCCGCUGCCUCACUUCCUUUUUUUUUUUUCUUUCCCUUUUUUCCCCUGUUUUCAUCUCGACUGUAGACAUUAUGGCAACUAAGUAAAUUUUUUUUGUUUGUCUUAAUUUAAUGCAAAAAUACUGCACAGAGUUGGGGUCUGACCACCCACCGUGGAGGAGCUGGGGGCGAAGGCUGGGAUCUGUGGCAUCUGUGCUGCCUGGGGGGAUGGAUGGGGCUGGAAGGGAGAUCUGUGCUGUUCUGGCCACCCUCCACCAUGACCAGGGCUCCCUCGUGAGCAUUAAUGGCUCAGGGCUGCCCCAGACCAGCUGAUGCUCCAGCUGUCUGCUCUUUGCUCUUUGAGUUGGCUUUUUUGCAAUCCUGGACCAAGUGCAUUUUGUUUUCCUGCCAAAAAGCAAGUUUAUAACCAGUGUUGUCUUCCGAGAUGCUAUUAAAUGUUACUGUACCUUUCA